GUCUGAGUGUGCAUCCAACUGACCUCUAAUAAGAUAAGCCAGGGUACAACUAAUUGCUCCCCCCUCCUGAUUGAGAACAUGUAUCUGGUGAAAUACGGUUAGCAGCCCCCCCCCCCCCCGAAUCAUGUUUAUCCUGAAUCGUGACUGAUAUCCCACAGCGAGUACUACCCUCCUGCAGCAACCCCUUACAGUUUCCCAGGGGAGUGUGGCCCCCCUUUCCCUCACCGCAUCAAAUUUUUCAGUUUCACUCAUUUCUCAGUUUAUGGAUUAGGGGUAUGAGCCCGUGUAAAAUACACAUUUUUUUUUGCAAACUCCAGCCUGGCUCUUCCCUGCUUCUCAUUGAUGAAGGGCUUCUUCCUUGCUUAAUGGGUCUUCACCACUGCUUCUAGGACAGUGAUUCCCAACCGGGGGUACGCGUACCCCUAGUGGUACGCGAGCACAUUACAGGGGGUACGUGGAAAAAAUUUUUAUAUUUAAUUUCCCUGAUGAUGGGUAAAUAUUAUCAGCCAUUCCAUUAGCUGUGCCCUGGUAUAGAAAGAAAAUCUAUCUGGGAUGUGUUGCUUAAUGAAUAACAAACCCAGCUUUUAUCAAUGAAAAGAGCAAAAAAAGACAUAAACAACAACUACAUGACGGAAAGACUAGAGCAGGGCUGUGCAUCUGCACGACGCUCCGCUACCGACAGAGGGCAUGAGAGAAAGUACAAGACAGACAAAAGUCACUGACGGGUCAAAGCAGCCACAGUCAAAUAUGGAUAAAUGGCUGAAACGUCCCGUUGCUCUGGAUCCAGGAGAGGGUUCAGCAGACCCCAAGACACGCAAAAUAGAAACCAAACGUAAACCUAGGCAGUACAAUGACAAUUAUAUUUUCUUCGGGUUCACUUCUACGUCUGCGGACCUGCCACAGCCUCAGUGCUUCUUUUGCGGGGAAAUCCUAGCAAAUAGCGCAAUGAAGCCGGCCCAUUUACAACGACAUCAGAGCACCAAACACUCGGGAAGUAUCGGUAAAACAGAGGCUUUUUACAAACGAAAGUUAUCGGAAUUUAGGUCAGGUCAGACUGUAAUGAUGAAAGCUACGUCUGUAUCAAGCAAAGCACUGGAGGCAUCAUACGCCGUAUCCCUGCUUGUGGCUAAGUCAAAAAAGCCACACUCAAUUGUCGAAGAGCUCAUUCUCCCUGCAGCUAGUGUUAUGGCUGAAAUUAUGAUUGACAAGAAAGCAGCUGACACACUAAAAAAAGUCCCCCUGUCGAACAACACUGUGUCCCGUCGGAUCAACAAUAUGUCAGUUAAUAUUAUUGGACAAGUGGUGAAGAAAAUAAAACAAGCCGGUCAGUUCGCUUUGCAGCUGGAUGAAAUGACAGAUGUGAGUGGAGAUGCUCAGCUCCUGGCUUUCGUUCGUUACAAAGAUGUGUCGGACAUAAAUGAGCAUAUUUUAUUUUGUAAAAAGCUGCCAGGAAAGACAACCGGAGGAGAAAUGUUCCAGGUUAUAGACAGCUUUUUCAAAGAACAUGAUCUGCAGUGGAAUACAUGCAGCCACGUCUGUACUGAUGGUGCGGCUGCGAUGACGGGAAGCGGGAAGGGACUGUUCGGACACAUCAAAAAGGUAAACAACGACAUUAAAUGGAUGCACUGUAUUAUUCAUCGUGAAGCACUCGCUAGUAAGAGGGUUUGUCCUGAUUUAUGUGCUGUUAUGGAUGAUGCUGUGAAGAUGAUAAACUUCAUCCAAUCCCGACCACUGAAUCAUAGACUGUUUGAAACUCUCUGUCAUGAGAAUGGCGCAGAGCACGAACAGCUAUUGCUCCACACAGACGUGCGCUGGCUUUCACGCGGAAAAACGCUCCUGAGACUCUAUGAGCUUCGCAAUGAAGUUUUUAUGUUCCUCAAGGAGCAUCUGCAUCCUCUUGCUGUGGUGUUUGAGGAUGCAAACUGGGUGGCACGCCUUGCAUAUCUCGUUGAUGUGUUGACCUAACUUAACGAGCUCAACCAAUCACUUCAGGGGAAGGAGUCACACAUCCUUAAAAUGUAUGACAGAGUGAAAGGAUUCACUAAGAAGCUCGAACUAUGGGAGAGGAAAUGUGAUGAGGGAGAUGUGAGCCGUUUCCCACUACUUGAUGCCCAUCUUGCCACCACUGAUGUUGCCCGGGGUCCAGUGGUCAAACUGGUGAAAGCACAUCUGUCCAAACUCAGCAUGUAUUUUAGCCAGUAUUUUCAGGACAUUGAAAAAAAUUCAGAAAGACUGGACUGGGUGAGGGACCCAUUCAUUGUGAGUGAGAGCAGCAGCAACCUUCAUGCAAGGCUGCAGGAGCAUCUCAUGGAUUUGUCAUCUGACCGUGGGCUGAAAAUAGCAUUUGCUGAGAAGACAUUGACUGAGUUUUGGUGUGAUGUGGAGAAGGAAUAUCCUGAACUGGGAAAACAUGCACUGUUUGAACUUUUACCUUUUGGUUCUACCUAUAUGUGUGAGGUGACCUUCUCAGCUUUGACACACAUCAAAACCAAGCAGAGGAAUAGACUGGAUGUGGAGAACAGCCUGGUAACAGCUGUUUCCACACUGCCCCCAGAUCUAUCAGAGCUUAUCAAAGAUAAGCAAGCUCAGGUGUCUCAUUAAACUAAACUAAGUUGAAUGAUGAAAACAAAGUAAAACUGAUAUGGUUAUUUAUUUUAGUGUUUUGCUCCUGAUGUUCUAAGUUUAAAUGUCUGUUUAAAGGGGACUCAUUCAGCUUUUGUUAUAACAAAGGGAGGUUUCUUUACUUUUUUUUAAAUUUAGUAUUUAUUUUCAGAUUUAUCAUUCACUUUCGUGGCAACAUAUAUAUUUAUGUUAAAUUUAAACUGAAAAGAAUAAAAUGCCCAAUAAUUAAAUGUUCAAGUUAUGGAGAUUUAAUAAAAUGUUUUAAAUUUGAUAAUCAGUUGUACGUUCUACUUUUAUUGAAUCAUCAACACAUUUGACAAAGGGGGUACUUGUGGUAUGAGAAAAUCUCUCAGGGGGUACACAAUUCAAAAAAGGUUGGGAAACACUGUUCUAGGAGCCUGUCCUACCAGUACACUUCACACUUAAUGUUUUCUAUUCCUUUUGAAGGUCACUUGAGGUCAUCCUCCGAUUUGUUAGACACUGACGGAUAAGUUGAUGGUCAUCUGUGGCAUUAGAAGGUUACUUCUGCCCACUACCUGGCUGGUUUUUGAUUUUUCCCAGUGUCUCCUGCUUCUUCACCCUGUUCUUGUGUACUGCAGUCUUAGAAACUCAUGAGCAUGGAAGCAGCCUGCCUCACAGUGUAGCCUUCUGCCAGCAGA